AUGAAUCUUGAAGCAAAGUGUCAGAAAAUUUGUCGGACAACAGAGAGCUAUCUCUGUGAAAAGGUCCCAAAAAUUGGGUUGGAGAUGAGAACAGAGCUCCGGGAGACCCAUGUGGGUAACCCCAGGAAGGGCAGUCAGUAUCCGCAGAGGAACCACGAUGUGCAAUGUGAACCUGGAGUGUGGAGAAGGAAGAAAGAAGAGAAGGAAUUGGGACGGGGAGAGGAUAUUUAUACCUUCCCCGUGGCUGAAGGCAAACGGGGAAACUGGGGUGACAAGUUUUGA